GGAGUGGGGACCGGGGUCGAAACGCCGCGUGACUUGUAGGUGAGAGAACGCCGCGCCGUCGCCGCAGCCUCUGCCGCCGAGAAGCCCUUGUUCCCGCUGCCGGGAAGGAGAGUCUGGUGCCGACAAGAUGGCGGACGGGGAGCUGAAUGUGGACAGUCUCAUCACCCGAUUGCUGGAGGUACGAGGAUGUCGUCCAGGAAAGAUUGUGCAGAUGACUGAAGCAGAAGUUCGGGGCUUAUGUAUCAAGUCUCGGGAGAUCUUUCUCAGCCAGCCUAUUCUUUUAGAAUUGGAAGCACCACUGAAAAUUUGUGGAGAUAUUCAUGGACAGUAUACAGAUUUACUGCGAUUAUUUGAAUAUGGAGGUUUCCCACCAGAAGCCAACUAUCUUUUCUUAGGAGAUUAUGUGGACAGAGGAAAGCAGUCUUUGGAAACCAUUUGUUUGCUUUUGGCUUAUAAAAUCAAAUAUCCAGAGAACUUCUUUCUCCUAAGAGGAAACCAUGAGUGUGCUAGCAUCAAUCGCAUUUAUGGAUUCUAUGAUGAAUGCAAACGAAGGUUUAAUAUUAAAUUGUGGAAGACCUUCACCGAUUGUUUUAACUGUCUGCCUAUAGCAGCCAUUGUGGAUGAGAAGAUCUUCUGCUGUCAUGGAGGACUGUCACCAGACCUGCAGUCUAUGGAGCAGAUUCGGAGAAUCAUGAGACCCACUGAUGUCCCUGAUACAGGUUUGCUAUGUGAUUUGCUGUGGUCUGACCCAGAUAAGGAUGUGCAAGGCUGGGGAGAAAAUGAUCGUGGUGUUUCCUUCACUUUUGGAGCUGACGUUGUCAGUAAAUUUCUGAACCGUCAUGAUUUGGACUUGAUUUGUCGAGCUCAUCAGGUGGUUGAAGAUGGAUAUGAGUUUUUUGCUAAACGACAAUUAGUAACCCUAUUUUCAGCCCCAAAUUACUGUGGCGAGUUUGAUAAUGCUGGUGGGAUGAUGAGUGUGGAUGAAACUUUGAUGUGUUCAUUUCAGAUAUUGAAACCAUCUGAAAAGAAAGCUAAGUACCAGUAUGGUGGACUGAAUUCUGGACGUCCUGUCACUCCACCUCGAACAGCUAAUCCACCGAAGAAAAGGUGAAGAAAGGGACUGUAAAGAAACCAUCAGAUUUGUUAAGGACAUACUUCAUAAUAUAUAAGUGUGCGCUGUAAAACCAUCCAGCCAUUUGACACCCUUUAUGAUGUCACACCUUUCACUUAAUGAGACGGGUAAAGGAUCUUCAAUUUUUUUCUAAUAGACGGAUGUGCUACACUGUAUUGUAAUAAGUAUACUCUGUUACAAUAUUCAACAAAGUUAAAUCCAAAUUCAAAUUAUCCAUAAAAACUACAUCUUCACGUAUCACCAUUUUUAAAGUUGAAAAGCAUCCCAGUUAAACUAGAUGUGAUAGUUAAACCAGAUGAAAGCAUGAUGAUCCAUCUGUGUAAUGUGGUUUUAGUGUUGCUUGGUUGUUUAAUUAUUUUGGGCUUGUUUUGUUUUGUUUGUUUUGCUAGAAUAAUGGCAAAUAUUUUUAAUGUUUUUUCCCUAAACAUUUUUAAAAGUGAAAUGUGGGAAAAGCUUUAAAGAUGGUCAUUGACUUAUUUCCCCUUGCUUUUAUCUACUUAUGUACUGUUUGAUCUUCCUAAGAAAUUUUUGCCUUGAUACAAGAAGAAUGAAUUUUAGAGAUUGAUGGUUUAAAAAAGUACAGACUGUCCAAUCCAGUGAUUUAAUCAGUUUGGGCGAACUUUGCAGCUGAUAGUGAAUACUUUGCUUUAUACAGAAAUUGCCACUGAUCUGGAUUUGUGCACUAUAAUUUUUAACUUAUUGAUGCUGUACUGUGCAGUAGAAUUUCAUUUAAUUUUAAGAUAAGGCUCAUAUAGUAUUGCCCAACUAGUUGGAAAUGUGAUUUUGUGGUACCUUGGCUUUAGGUUUUAAUUCGCACGAAACGCCUUUUGGCAUGCUUAGCUUUCUGGCAACACCCUCACCUGCAUUGGUUUUAUUUCUGGGGUUUUUGUUGUUGUUUUUAGAUCCACAGAACGUGAGAAUCCUUUUUUGACAAGCCUUGGAAAGCUGACAUUAUCUCUUUUUUUCCCCCUCUAUAAGAAGGAAGUAUUUAAGUGAAUGCCAGUCAGUGGGACAUUUUGUCAACUUUGGUUAUUGGGUGCUUAACUGUCUAAUAUUGCCAUGUGAAUGUUGUAUACGAUUGUAAGGCUUAUGUCACUAAAGAUUUUUAUUCUGAUUUUUCAUGAUCAAAGUUCAUAUAAUGUUGUAUAGACAUGCUUUGUAGUGAACUAUAGUAGCAAUAAUUUCUGUACAUGAUCAAGACUUUAUUGCAGCAUUUCUUUUCCUUUUUUUUUUUUUAAGGGUUAAUAUUAACAAAUGGCAAGUAGAAAAGUCAACAUAAAGAUAAUCUAUAAUAGAGCAAGAACUUACAGGACACAGAUUUGUGGUUCUUUGGAUGUGAUUCUAUAAGCUUUUAUUGAGCACCGUCAAAUUUAUGUCAUGGGGAUGGACGUCAGAUUUAUAACGCCCUUUUAUAUGUGCUGCCGUAGAUGUGAAAUUCUUGACCUUAAUAUUGUCUUUGAAAAUGUUAAGUUGUGAAUUCUGUUAAUUUACAUUUUAUGAAUUGGCGCAUUGUAUUUACUGCAAGAAAUAUUUGAUUUUCAGCACAGUGCAAAGUUCUUUAAAAUGCAUACAUCUUUUUUUUCUAAUUCUAUUUUGUUUUAAAGCACAUUUUAAAUGUAGUUUUCUCAUUUAGUAAAAGUCGUCUAAUUGAUAUGAAGCCUGACUGGUUAUUUUAUUUUUUCUUUAUUACAAUUUGCUAAACACAUUUUAUUCAAAUAGAUUUUAUGUCGCUGAAGUACCAUUGAAUUCUUUUCUGAAAGUGCUCGUGAACGCUAUAAUGUAUUAAGUCACACAGGCCCUUAUCUAUUGUGGUUAAAUAUCUUCCUAAUUGUAACAUAAGUUGAGCAGUUUCUAAAGAAUUUUGAGUACAUGUGGUACUCUUAGUAGUCAUGUUGAAGUGGGUCCAGAAAACAAGCCCUUGGGGUAGUCUUUUAUUAAUAUCAGUAUUAGUGAAACCUCAUUAAUUCAGAUCCUACUGCAUUUUUGUAAUUCAUCCAGAUCAAAACUGAGUAUUUAUGAAAAAAUAGUCAUGAAUUAAGCAAAUUAAUAUUGGUCACUAAAAGGUAGACAUUUAUCAUGCUUAAAAACAAAGCAUUCUUAAAUUAACAUUUUAGCAGCUUCUAUUCACGCACAGAUAAUGUGUUUAAUACAAAUAUCAUUUCCAUGGCAACAUUGCUAUUUGAAAUAAAUAAAACUUCAUUUCUUAGGCGAAUACUAUCCUGUGAUUCCAGUGUCACUAAUUUGUAUUCUUCUUUCCCUCUCUGUUUUCAUUUUAAUGGUUUUUGGUAUAUAAGUUUAUCUUUAAUCCUAAUGUCAUGAUACUCAAAAUCAUUAUUAAACACACUUAGAUUUCUGUGGUAAUGUGAGAUCACAUGCACUAUAGAUUUCUGUUCUUGAAUGAAAAGGUUCAAAUGGACAGUCCUUUGCAUUUGAAGCUUUAAAAUUUGUUUUAAUUUUGGACAGAGCCAUAUUUUAAUCACAUGAUCAGCAACACUGUUUAUGCAAAGUGUUGGGUAAACAGGUACUUUGAGCCUUGCCAACCGCCUAUAGCAUCUACACUGCGAUGACCCUUUAUUGUAAAGAGCACCCGAACACUCCUGAUGUUACUUUUUUUUAAAAUGAAAAAUACCAGCAAGAAUUUUAAAGCUCACAAAAUGAUUAGUUUUGAAGUGUGUAGAAAUGUAUGCCUUUCAAAAAAAUUAUAUUGAGGAGAAAGCCAGCAACACCUUGAGAGGUGUCCCUUAAGAAUGAAAAAGGUAUAUUAUACUGAGCCAAGCUCAGUUUAUAAGUUCACUUUGUCUCCUUGGCAACUGUAACCUUUGAACCAAAAUUAUUUUUUUACGUUUUAUACUAAAAAUGUUUUUAAAGAAGGAAAAUAGUCAGGCUGACUUUGCUGCCCCCACCUCCUCUUCCUUGGGAGUCCAAGCCUGAAUCACAGCUGUGCCUGAGGAGACACUUGAGCAUCUGACUUUUCUGGUGGCAUCUACUUAGAUGUUCCUUUUUCUUAGUAGAUUUCCAUGUCUUAUACCUUCUUAAAACAGAUAAAAAGUAGAGGAAUUUUUAAAUGACAAAAUGAACAGUAAUUAAGCAGGAAAUAAAAUGGUUCUAUGUAAGCGUAUGCCUAGAGUUUUAUUUACAUUAAUUUGCUUUCUAAUGUUUUUUCAGUAAAACGGAAACUUAGACACAGUGUGACAUUUUGAUCUUCUGUUAAAAUAGAAUUUUACCUGUAUGUUUGAAUGCCAGAAUUUCUAAAGAGAUCCCCUAAUUCAAACAAAGAAAGCUUGUUUCCGUAGUCCACCACCACCCCCUACCUUGGUUAACAACAGACUAUAAACUUCUUUAAUUUUUCUUUGUAACUUUCCUUCUCAUUCAGAUUGCCAGUGUUUUAUUAAACUUUAUUUUUCAAAAAAAAAAAAAAAAAAA